CCGGAAGCCCGCAUAUGACAGAGGGCAGCUCAUAACCGGGACACACAUCAUGGAUCACCGGGUGUUCUGGGUGUUUCUAUCCACAGUGGGCAUCCUCUCCCUCCCUGUGCGCCCUCUGUCCGGGCAGAUAUACCCGCUCUCAGAUGAGGGCGGCCUGGGCAGGACUUUUGACGGGAUCGGAGGGUUGAGCGGUGGAGGGGCCACAUCCCGAUUACUGGUAAACUAUGCCGAGCCGUAUCGGAGCCAGAUCCUGGACUACCUGUUUAAGCCAAACUUUGGAGCCUCUUUACAUAUUCUGAAGGUUGAGAUCGGUGGAGAUGCUCAGACUACAGAUGGGACAGAGCCCUCACACAUGCACUAUGAGAAUGAUCAGAACUACUUCAGAGGCUACGAGUGGUGGCUGAUGAAGGAGGCUAAGAAGAGGAACCCAAACAUAACACUUAUAGCUUUGCCCUGGGCUUUCCCUGGCUGGGUCGGCCAUGGGGAGAACUGGCCCUAUGACUACCCUGACAUUACUGCUGCAUACGUGGUGAACUGGAUCCUGGGAGCCAAGGAGUACCAUGACUUGGACAUUCAGUAUAUUGGGAUCUGGAAUGAAAGGGAUUUUAAUUCCAAGUACAUCAAGCUUCUGCGGUACACUCUGGAUAAGAAGGGUCUGGAGUCGGUGCGGAUUGUAGCCAGCGAUAACCUGUGGGAGCCCAUUACCCUGUCGCUGACGCUCGACCCAGAGCUCAGCAGCGCCGUAGACGUGAUAGGGGCACAUUAUCCAGGAACCACCACAGUGCCACAGGCCCUGAAGACCCAGAAAAGGCUGUGGUCAUCAGAGGACUACAGCACCUUUAACAGCGAGGUGGGAGGAGGCUGCUGGGCGCGUAUCCUAAACCAGAACUACAUCAAUGGACAAAUGACUGCAACCAUCGCCUGGAACCUGGUGGCUAGUUACUAUGAGGAGCUGCCGUUUGGUAGAGAUGGGCUGAUGACAGCGCAGGAACCUUGGAGCGGAAACUAUGUGGUGGAGUCUCCGAUCUGGAUCACAGCCCACAGCACACAGUUCAUUCAGCCUGGAUGGACAUACCUGCAGACAGUAGGACAUUUGACUCAGGGAGGAAGUUACGUGGCCCUGACUGACGGGAACGGAAACCUGACUGUUGUCAUAGAAACCAUGACUCACAAUCACUCCAUCUGCAUCAGACCGCCUCUCCUUCCAUUCAACGUCACGUCCCAGAAUGCAACUUUUCAGCUGAAAGGAUCCUUUGCUUCAAUCAAAGAGUUGCAGGUGUGGCGGUCACAGUUUGACUUCAAGGCGAAGAAGCAUUCGCUGUUUGAGAAACUGACUCCUUUGAAGCUUAAAGAUGGAUUGUUUAAUCUGAAUCUGGCUGAAGAUGAAAUCUAUACUCUUACCACCAUCAGGACGGGCCAGAAAGGAAGUUUCCCUCAGCCGCCACCCUCCGCUCGCUUCCCUAAAGUCUACAAGGACGACUUUGAUGUUCGAAACCCUCCGUUCUCUGAGGCCCCUAACUUCGCCGACCAAACCGGGGUGUUUGAGUACUACAUUAACCUGACAGACCCUGGACCUCACACCUUCACGCUACGGCAGGUCGUAACUGAAAGGCCAGUCACCUGGGCAGCAGACGCCGAUCAAACGAUCAGCGUCAUCGGAGACUUUCAGUGGCAAAAUCUGACUGUCUCCUGUGAUGUUUUCAUGGAGAACGUAAAGAGCGGCGGUGUGUUUGUGGCUGCCAGGGUGGAUAAAGGAGGCGAAUCAAUUCGCAGCGCUAAAGGAAUCUUCUUCUGGGUGUUUGCCAAUGGAACAUACAGGGUUACCAACGAUUUGGCUAGUAAGAUGGUGCUGGCAGAGGGAGCAUCAGGAACUGGAGAAUUUAUGUGGUACAAAUUAUCCCUCUUUGUAGAGGGUCAGUACGCAUCCGGAAUGCUUGAUGGACAGCCGCUGUGGAAAAUCUCUGGAGUGUCUUCACCAAAAAACGGCUGGGCAGCUAUUGGAACAAGCGCAUUUGAACUGGCUCAGUUUGAUAACUUUUAUGUGUUUGCAGAGUAAAGACGAACAAUAAAAAGCUUUGGACACUUUAUAUAUGCUGUACAAAUGUAGACAGCAGAAACGACAUGUUGAUGAAAAGUAAAUUGAAGCCUUCAGAUUUACUACCUGAUUAAUUAAGCACUGUUUUACUGAUUGUUUUUGUGUGUUUUUUUUAAUAAUUGAUUGUUAAAGACUGAAUGUUUUAAUCUACCAGGGAACACAUGAAGAAAACUCUUCAAGCUUUUUAGGGAACAUUUUUUAUCAACUGUAUUACCAUGAGUGGAAAAUGAAUGUGAGGAGUCUAUUUUUAUCCCAGAUGAAUGAAUUUAUCUGGUUUUACUGUCUGUGUUUGAAGAGCUUUUUUUCUCCUGAGUUUUUGUAAAUAUGAAAAGCUGUGAUUGGAGAAUAAAAAAGAAUCUUUAAGCAUUUCUUAAAUG